UCUAGCUCUUUCGUGUGGCAUCAUGGGCACAAUGAGCGUUAGUUCAGUUCUAAUUGUGUUCUUCUUUGCAAAUCUCCUUCGACUUGUUCUUGGCUCUGUAGUCUCUACAGGAAAUUUCAACAAAGAUUUUUUUGUCACUUGGUCUCCUAAUCAUGUAUACACUUCGCCAGAUGGGCAUUACAGGACCCUGAAGCUAGAUCAAGCAUCUGGUUCAUCUUUUGCCUCAAAUGAGAUGUUUUUGUUUGGGCGGAUCGACUUGCAGAUCAAACUAAUCCCGAACUACUCUGCAGGCACCGUCCUUGCCGUUUAUCUCACUUCUGAGCAACCUAAUCGAGACGAGAUAGACUUUGAGUUUCUAGGCAACGUUACAGGCCAACCGUACAUACUCCAAACGAAUGUAUAUGCAGAUGGUUUCGACAACAGAGAAGAAAGGAUUUAUCUAUGGUUUGAUCCAACCAAAGACUUCCACACGUAUUCAAUCCUUUGGAACCUUCAUCAAAUAGUGUUUAUGGUAGAUCAGGUGCCAAUUAGGGUUUACAGAAACCAUGCAAACAAAGGUGCUGGAUUCCCGAGAUGGCAGCCAAUGGCGCUAAAGGCGAGCCUAUGGAACGGUGACAGCUGGGCGACACGCGGAGGCAAGGACAAAGUUGAUUGGUCGAAGGGGCCCUUCAUUGCAUCAUUGAGAAAUUACAAGAUUGAUGCUUGUGUUUGGAAAGGAAAUCCGAGGUUUUGCAGGGCUGGGAGCUCUAAGAAUUGGUGGAACAUGCCGAGGUUCAGUAGCUUGAAUUGGACUCAGAGGAGGCUCUUUAGAUGGGUGCGAAAGCAUCAUGUUAUCUAUGACUACUGUAAAGAUCCUGAGAGGUUUCAGGGUAAACUUCCAGUGGAGUGUUCUUUGCCAAAAUACUAAGGAGAAGAAACGUGAUGGCUUGAUAGAGAAUAAUAUCUUUGGAAAGUACUUGUUGGAUGAAAAAAGCUGGAGUGAGCUCUCAAUUCUUUGCAAGGAAAGAACUUGUCUGAUGGCUGUAUAUUCUUUUAUGCCUUUUCCUUGAUGAAAGGCAACUUUUGGAUGUGCGUAAUUAAAGAUUGAGGGAAUAAUUUGAUCCAGUGUUGCUUGACCCUGUUGUCAUAUCUUAAAUCAUCAGUUGAUUAAUAAGAAAAGCCAUUUCAUGGCUACCCUGAAAUUGGAAA